CAUCUAAACCCGCCUUUAGUAACGUCACUUAAUUUUCUGGAGCGUAACCUCACUUUUUGUGUUUGUUUGUGUGACGCUAUUUUCGCAUUGUGAGUUAAAACCCGUGUUCAAGUGGCAAAAAUGCCACCCAUGAAGCUGCAGAACAACGGGGGCGGCGGCGACGUGAGCGAUGGCAACGUUUCGGGGGCGGAGUCCGACCACUCCAACACAAGCCGCGAAAAUGACGCAGGGCGCGAUUCGAGCGAAGAUGAGGCCGAUUCGGACGAUUCGUCCGAAAUGGACGAAGGCGAAUGCGAAAACAGACGCAACGAACUGCUCCAGCACGUCCAAGACCUUGAAAACCAAUUCGGACACUUGCGGGAGCAGCUAUUUAAAGAGCGGAUGGCUCAGGUGGAGCACCAGUUGGCUGAGGUGAAGGCCGGCCGGUCGCCGGAUUAUUUGGGGCCCCUGCAGGAGCUCCAGGAGAAUAUGAGGAUUCGGACGGAAGUUGCGGGGAUUUUGAGACAGUUACGGCUCAAUAAUAUUAAUAAUCACUUCGAGGCGGAGGAACAAGCCGCGUUACAAAACCUCGAAAGUGAGAAAAAACUCGCUUGGGACUACUAUUACAGUGAGUUGAUGGACACGAUUCGGAAGUUGGAGGAAGAUAGACACAAUAGUGAGAUCACGUGGGGUGAAGGGGGCGAAUGGGGGUCGCGGUCUCGGUCCCGAUCGCGGCGGAAGGCCGUUACGGUGUCAGGGCCAUACAUCGUCUACAUGCUUAAACCUCAGGAUAUCAUGGAAGACUGGACGACAAUCAGAAAAGCGCUCAAAAGGAGUCAAUAGUUGAGUAGUUCUUUCCUCUUGUACAUAAAAAAUUUCAGGUAAAUUAUUUACAAUUGCGUUUUGCGGAAGAGGCUUAUUUCAUAAGAGAAUGUACGACGGCCUUUGCGUUCAAUGCUUUAAGGUCGGUGUAUGUCUGGCCGGUGCCCACGAACACGAUCGGCUGGCCCGUUAUGUAAGUCAUGGAAAUGGCAGCCCCAACCUGAAAUAAAUGCAUUUUUUACGUUU